AAACUUAGUCAUAUAACACGUAUUUCAUUUAAUAUGUGUACCCUUUCAAGAUAUUGUUUUGAAGUCAAGAAAGGAAACGUGAAAGAGAGGUUAGAAUUGAAGCAAAAGCAAUAACACUAAUAAAAAGGGAUCAAAAUAUGAAAACAUAGAAUAUAGGUGAAAUUGUAAGGAGAAAAAUUGGAGAUGAUGAGUACUCUUCCAAGUGUUGGCAGCAGUGGAAGAACUUCAACGACUGCGGACGACAACGAUGAAGAUCAAGAGAUGACAAAGAUGGCAUUGGCUUCAUUUCAAGCAAGAGAAGAAGAGAUUGAGAGGAAGAAAAUGGAGGUGAAAGGAAAAGUUGAGUCUCAACUUAGCCGUGCUGAAGAGGAAACUAGGCGUUUGGUUCGUGUUUGGGAGGAGCUUGAAGUGUUGACGGAUCCAAUGAGAAAGGAAGUUGCAAUUGUACGCAAGAAAAUUGACGUGGUUAACCGUGAAAUCAAAUCACUUGGACAGACCUGUCAAAAGAAGGAGAAAGAAUACAGAGAAGUGUUAGAGGUUUUCAACGAAAAGAAUAACGAGAAAACUCAGCUAACCUCCACUUUAGUAGAGCUAGUGAAGGAAAGUGAGAAAUUGAGAAUGGGAAAGCUAGAGGAACUAAGCAAGGUUUUGAAUCCCAAAGGCUAGUGCUGUUGAACUCCAGCAUUGGCAAUUGCUGACACUAACGAAUGAUUCACAUAUUCUCUACGUAUCAUACACAAACAAUUUAUUUUUAACUUUCACUUGAUAUCCCCCGAAUAAUGUAUCAAAUUUUCCUUCCUUCGGUUUGAUUAUUCACUGUUGUUGAAGAGUUUGUUUGCAAGCAAAAAAAGAAAAAGAAAAAGAGAGAAAAAGUUUGUUAAGUUUGUUCGGCUU